UAAACCCAGAAGAAGAAGAAGGACGUUUUUGGAGAGCUGGACUAGCUCAAAUAUGUCUUUUAAAAGAGAAGGUGAUGAUCACAGUCAGCUAAAUGUCUUGAAGAAGCGGCGUGUUGCAGACUUGCUGUCCAACUUCAUUCCUGAAGAUGAAGCUACUCUGAUGAAAAAUGGAAGGUAUAGCUGUUUGGUGUGUUCACAUCGUCCUACUUUUGACACAGUCGAUAUGCUGACAGUACACAGAAAAGGGAAGCGGCAUCUCGAAGGUCUAAAAUGGUUUUAUGGCAAAAAAGCUCAGCUACAAAAAGAAAUUGAUAAGAGGCGACAUCAAGACUAUGUUAAUGAAGAAGAUGACCGGCAGGAAACAGGAAGCUCUGCCCCAUUGCUAACACAGACACGGAAAAUUACCCACCAUGCCUUGCUGAGAUCUACACCUUAUAACAGCUGUCAUAAAAAGGCCAGUGAAAGAGCCGAAAAACCAGCAACUGAGUUGAAUCUAAGCUGCAGCAAAAACCACAGUGUUGAUCAAAACAUUAUGGCCACAGCUAAGACCAAAAUCAACACAGAUACCACACCUGCUCAUAGUCAAAUAUCAGAUGCAAGCCAGUGUCAGAUUGAGAACCACAUGAGGAAAAAGAAGAAGAAACCUAUUAAUCCUGCUGAGUCUGAGCCUGUCACAGAGGAGAGACGCAGAGAACUAGAACGCUAUCUCAAAUUAAAGAGCGAUGGAUGGCUUCAGGACCCCAGUGGGAAAUGGGUAAAAGAUGAAACCGUGGAGUUUGACUCAGAUGAGGAAGAACCACUUCCAUUGCUCCCUACAAAGGAGACUUCAUAAACUAUUCUGGGACGUUUUGGAAACUUCAUGUUUUCUGAACGUCUCCCUGCUUCCUCAAAAAGACUUCCUUUUCUGUGCAGAAAUGCAAAAGAGGGAUCACAGAAGGAACUGCUGACUAGUGAGGAAGCUAGUUACCCACAAAGCUGAAUACAUUUUUUUUCAACCUGUCAAGAAUGUGUUUUGGCAUCUUGCUAACAAGACUGUUGUACCAAAUUGGUUAUUUUUAUAUUAAAAUAAAUAUCACUGACUUGAAAGGAAA